UCUUGAAAUUAAUAAAAAAGAGGAAACACAAUAUGUCAAAACUCUGAGUGCAGUCAUACCAAGAAAUACAUUUAUGUUUGAGGAGAAGCGUGGGUGGUUUCUGCAUGCUUGCGUUAAAGGAAGUUCUAAAUGAGGAACUCUUGCAUUCUGAUGAGCCGUACAACCAUUUUGUGUAGCAGUCCAGCUAUGAGGCUUCUGAGCGUCUUCUUCUUGUUGUUUCAAGGGGUGCAGGGUACAGCACUUAUUGAAGUAGAAGGGUACAUGGGUGAAAACAUUACCUUGCCAUCCAGUGCCAACCCAUCAUGGACUCUAACCAGAAUUGACUGGUCAAUAUUCCCCAACAACACCUGGAUUGCCACCUAUGACAACAAUGUUACAAAUGUGGACCGUCGGCCAGAAUAUAAAGGGAGGCUAACUCUCCACAAAUACUCAGGUAAUUUAACCAUUCGAAAUCUCAGGCCAAGCGAUGCUAUGAAAUAUACUGUCGACCUCGUCAAUGACGCAAAAAGCAAUGAAGUAAACCAUAUUUCGCUUAAAGUGAAACAACACCUCCAGCAGCCGACUAUAACGAAGAUACAGUCUACUGCAACAAAAACAGGCUGUUUUUUGGUGCUCAACUGUUCUUCUCAGUAUCCCGAUGUUGCUCUCUCAUGGGACGUGAAACCAUCAUAUCUUCAUGGCAGCAAGAUUUCUCAGAGUGGUGCUUCAGAGCUUAUAGCAUUUUUUCAGACACUAGACCCUUUAAAUGUUACCUGCACAGUGAGGAAAAACAUGGAGAAUGCAUCAAGACCUUGGAUCUCAAAGUGUGAUAGUCCAGAUAAUCCACCUACACCGGGAGACAGAUUUGGUCAUGGGUUUUUCUGUGGAUUUUUCACUGGACUAUUGCUUGUGGUCAUAGUGUGUUUGCUUUACAAAUAUAGAGAAAACAUCUGCAAAGCGCUGCAGCAGUUCAGAGAUAAACAUUUGUCAGGAAAAGACUGAGCUAUCAAAUGGAACAUUCCAGCAUCUAUGGAACUGUGGCUUCAUUCCGUCCUUCAGGGUUUUUAAGAUUCAUAAAAAAGAAAUUCAAAAACUUUUUUGCAAUUUACGUCCAAAGCAAUGCCAGCUCUGUAAAUCAAUUUGACCCUGGAUUUUAUGUGUGCACAAUGCUUCCUAAAAAUUCCAUAGUUAGCUACAUUCAUACAUCGAGAUGGGUUGGGUUGUUUAAAGGGAACAGGAUGUUGUUGAUCAUUUCAAAAGGCUGGCUGCUUUUCAUAUUUAUUUAUUUUUAAGAAACCAGAGAGGGUCAAAUUUAAUUGGCUGAGCCUAAAGGGAAGCAAUGCUAAUUGGAUAUUAUUUGCUGCAAUGGAUUUGUUGAACAAACUGAACUCAAACACAAAGGAAAAACUCAAGUCUGGUUAAAAGAUAGUAAUGAUGCUAACGCAACAAUUAAACAAUGAAGACUAUUUGUUGCAUUUUUACACUGAUUUCACACUGGUCUGUACCUCUGCUGCUAAUAGUUUUCACACCCAUUUUGCUUAUAGCAUAGCAAUUAGACUUCUCCUCUCAUAUAUCCUGAUGUUGGAGAGACAGAGAGAUCUUUGAACUUUCUCUCUAGAUCAGGGGUGUCAAACAUACGGCCCGCGGGCCGGAUUC